AUGGCGCGGCCACCAAUGCAGCUCCCACUGCCUGGGCCCUGGGGCCCCCCGGUGCCCCAGCUUUUUCAGCCAUUUGUGCUCCCCGGAACCUUCUACCCUCGAGGCUCAGCCAACCUGUGCCAUCUGCCCGCGCAGGAGCAGCCCUUCCCUGCAGCCUGGGCACCCCUGGCAGGGGGGGCACCCCAGGCCCCCCAGGCACCACCAGCAGGUCUGCAGAGGGCUCCAUGUGGCUGCCUCUUCGACCCCCGGGUCUUCCGCAUCCAGUGGACAACCACCGACCUGCCUCCACCGGCCACCGCCACGCUCGGCCAAGGCGCCGCUUCUCUGCCGGGUGCUGCCCUGUGGGGUCCCGGGGGCUGCGGGGCCCCCCUGGCCUGGGUAGCCCCAGGGACCCCCCAGGGCCAACCACAAUACCUUGCACCCUACGAAAAUCAGAGGAGUGGGGUGGCCCCAGCCCCUCUGGAGCUGCCAGUGUCCAUCCCCGGCUACCAGCACAUCGAGGGGCAGUUGGCACAGAUCAACAUCUCCAGCACGGCCACCCCUGUGGGGGCACCCCCAGGCAGCGACGUCCCCCUGGGCAGCAAUGUCCCCCCCAGGCCCUGCGCUGCCGCCCACAACCAAGCCCUCGGGGACACUGCAGGCGACCUUGCAGUGUCCGAGGAGAUACUCCUGGAAGAGGCCCUAAGGCUCUUCGGUUGCUCCCUGGAUGGAGUGGGGGUCAGCCAGGAUGGUCCCAGCAGCGGCCCCAUGCCUGGGGACCCUGCUGGCACCAGCGGAGAGGGGAGAGGGAUGGCCGCAGCCACCCCAGCGCUGCCAAAACCCAUCCCCGGCUACGAGGACAUCGAGGGGCCGUUGGCCAAGAUCAACACCUGCGGCAUGGCCACCCCUGCGGGGGCACCCCCAGGCAGCGACGUCCCCCCGGGCAGCGACGUCCCCCCCAGCCCCUGCGCUGACCCCCACAACCAAGACCUUGGGGAGCCCGUAGGUGAACUUGCAGCGUCUGAGAAAGUGGCUCUCCAAGAGGCCCUAGUGCUCUUUGAUUGCUCCCUGGAUGGGGUGGGGGUCAGCCAGGAUGCUCCCAGCAGGAGCUCCAUGCCCGAGGACGCUGGUGGCACCGGUGCAGCCACCCCCGACCGUGACUUCAGCUCGCUCUCGCUGCCUGAGGAGCUGCUCACCCCUGACUACUGCAUCCCCGAGCUCAGCGACAUCAUGCUGAGCCUCAAAAUAUCCAGCGUCAUCGGGAUGGAGCCCCAGGAGCCGUGGCAGGAUGCGGGGCUGGACCUGCCACCAUCCCCACCUGCCGUGGCAGACAAGCCGAGGAAGAGGCAGGCGCAGAGCUCCUUGCCAAUGCCACCCAGCAAGCGCAGGGCUCUCGCAGCCAACGUGGGGGUGUGA